UGGAGAGAUGGAGAGCAAUUUAAACUGAAUGGAAGCUAUGGACCCCACCACCGCCUCAUUGGAUGAAGCUCAACGCCCCCUGUCCAUGACCCGACCCAGCGGAACGGCAGGGCAUCAACGUCAGAACCAAAAAAUAAUUCCACAGACCUCCACUCCAACACCCCUCAGUCCUCCGCGCUUCCCAUACACCUCCCUCCCAGCAACACACCUGCACCCGCUAUACUCCCUCUUCCCCUCUCAUCUCCCAACGCAUAUAGCAGCCACGAAAAAGACGGGAAAGACAGGGAGCACAGCCUAGAACAGAAACCAUGUACUGCAUCGAAUGCGGCCACCUGCUCCCCACCCACCGCACAGCUACCACCAUCUGCAGCAAAUGCAAGACACCACUCGCCACCUGGUGGGACGAGAGCUCACAAACCUACCGCACAAACAGAGAGAGCAUCCUCCCCGACACCCUCAACCCGUAUACCUCACACCCACACUCUCAUUCCCAUCCUCACAACAACGGCGGCUCUCCCAACUCCAGCGGGAAUAGCAUGAACAUUGGUAUGAGUGGGAUGGGGUUAGGCGGGAUAGGGAUAGGGAUGGGCGGGUAUGGAAUCACGAGUAAGGAGAUGGAGAGGAUGCGGGAGAGGAAGAACGAGCAGACGGAGGAGGAGAGGAAUUUCAAUGGGGCGCUGGUUACGCUGGAGUUGCAUUUUGAGAGGCCGGGCCAGUACUUGAUGAAGGCGAUGGUGGAGGUUAAGAAGAUGGUGGCGAGGACGUUGGAUUUGAGUUUGAAUAAGGCGGAGGUUAGAGAAACACUGGCCAAAAACGUCGAUAUCUGGAUGCACCUUCAAAAAAUCUUCAACACCGCCAUCCCUUCACUCGAAAAGUGGUCCCUAAAAAGCAUUGACACAGCAGACAGUCUACGGACCGGCCAUGACGUCUCAGAAUCCGCAGAUCUGAUCCUCAAGAACUACGAUGCGCUGCGCGAGGAUUUACAUUAUCUGAACAAUCUCCUGGUCAUCAGUAGGAAUAUGUUAGCGAUCAAGGAUACGGCGCAAGAGAUUUGUGCCGCUGUUAGAUUUGACCGUGCGGUGCAGAAGCUGGUGGUGUUGUGUGUGAAUGUUACGAGUAAAGGAUAUGAUGGGGAGACGGUGGAUGAUUCGAGGAGGCAGAAGUUGAAUGAGAUCACGGAGCUUUACAAAAAAUUGCUGGUUACCUGCUUACAACACACCCAUAAUUGGACCAUGGGUAAUGAUCGGUUCAAGAUGUCAUUUUGGUUCGAGAUGCUCUUCGACGAAGAUCUGAAGAAUGAUGCUAUCCACGAACUUCCACCUGAUGACCUGAAUGUGGAGAAGGUGCACGAGGAGGUGAGGAAUUGGAUCAGGCGACAUAACCGGAAGGAUCCACUUGCAGCAAAGCUGCUUGAUAAAUAUUCUGCUGAUGUCAAAACUGGAUAUACACCUGGACCAUUACCGGAGCCAGAAGAUGACGAUGUCCCGGCUGAGACAGAAGAGUCAACAACCCCAAUCUGGAAGCCGGAUUUGGAGGACAAGUAUGAGCAGGAUCGUCUUUAUGCCAGAGUAUCCCACGAGAUCGAUAUCUGGUGGAAGCAAGUCCGAGAUCGCAACUUCGAUGGCUGGGUCGUGCAGAUGGAGACGGUUGAAAAUGCCAAAGAGCGUGCAGCUGCUUGCAAAGAGAAUGCCAUGCAUCGAUAUAUGCCUAGAGGGCAGGAUCCAGAUCACUAUGAAGAGGAGCAGUAUGAGCAUCAGCAUGGAAAUGGAAGUGUGCAUGAGGACAUUGAUGAUCGGUCACUUCAUGGAGAAGAUGGAGAGGACGAGGAAGACGAAGAGGAUGAUGAUGAUUCGUACGCGGAAGGCCCACUUCGUGGCUUGCUCACUGAAAUUCCGAAUAUUCUGGAUACGAAACAGAUCGAGGCUCUGCAUAUGACGGUCAAAGCUUGCAUUGUCGAUUCUAUGGGGUCUGGUCUCACCCCUGCUGGAGAGAACUUGCAGAAGACGAGAUGCAAGAUGUUUCUGGCUUUGGACUGUGGCAAGAAUCUGUUGAGAGAGCUGCUGGUUUUCAUUGCUGUGUGGGAACAGACGGAUCAGCAGUUCAUAUUCCAGAUCACCGCACAGAUUAUCGAGUCGUUCCAUCAUAACGCCUUGCUGCCUUAUGCAUGGAAUUCUCUUCGGAUCUUGAAAGACAUUGUCUCGCCAGCACAGACAGUUCUACUUCGCCUUAUCACCUACAUGUUCAGGGCUCGAAAGGAUAGCCCCAUCUACGACGAUGUCAAGGACUACAAUCGAGACGCGAAGCUCAUCCACUUUCUUUACGGAUACUUCCGCACUCGCGUUGUCCCAGAUUGCCUCGCUCUAAUCUGGGCUCAAGCACAGAUUCGUCAACAGAAGAAGCACCACAGCGAUUUCCCCGUCGAUCUCUGGGAUAUGGAACGCGCCAAAGACGGUCUAUCCCAAUACCUUGACUUCCUUUCCGUCAUCGCCGAGAUUCCAGAAAUGCGUAACCUCCUCAUAGAAUGGGACACUGUCUACGAACUCAUCGCCCUCCUUAAAGCCCUCGAGGCAGGCGUCGCUCGCAAAGCACUCGAUGAGCGACCUCUCCCCAACGCCCAAAAUCCACAUCCUCAACCACCACUUCACGAUACACCUCAUAAGUUCCCUUGGUCGGGUAUUAAGAUUCAGAUCCUGAUCAUACUUACCUCGCUCAUCGCACCGACAAAUGCGAGACGCAAUGGCCCUGGCAAUCCGAUCGUGCAGAAUCAAUUACUGAGUCAUGAGGGCAUCAUGCCGCUGCUUAAUUGCUGUGUGUAUGAUGGCUAUAACGAGUAUCUGAAAGAGAGAGCUACGCUUGCUAUUAAGUUUCUCAUGGAAGGAUGUAAAGAGGCUCAGGAUUUCGUCAAGGAGCUCGUACCAGUCAAGCAGGCACAAGUUCAGGCACAAGCUGCCGCCAGAGCUCAGGCGGAAGCUAAAGCUGCUGCGGCUGCCGCGGCGGCGGGUGGUGUGAGGCAGGAGGAGAGGCCGUUGCCGAGUGCUGUAGGGCAUGUGGAUGAUAAGCGGAGGGAGCUGGAGUCUGCUUUUCAGAAUUUGCAGUUGAGUAAGGGUGUAGCCUCUGGAUCGGGGUCUGUGUCUAGUGGAGGGGCAGGGGGAGCAGGAGGGGAGAGAAAGUGAGCCAAUGGUCAGCGUUGAGCACACAGGGGAGGAACUUGGAUUGAGGAAGAGAGGGAUGGUUCUUGGAUCGGAAUGAUCGAGCGCAUUUAGGGACUUGAAAAGGCAUUGCGCCGGUGUUUUUUGUAUAUCGGAUUGAAGAGGAGAUGAUUAUGGUUUGUGGAGAGGGAGCAUUGAUACCCCCGGAUUAUGGGUUGUGGGAUCGGCGUUGGCAUGGGUAUGGAGUAAGCAUAGAACGAAAUUAGACUAAAGCAUGGAUGUCAGUCCAAUUGCGUAGAAAAUAGGUUUUCAGUUCAGCUAUGAA